AUGUUGGACCCUGUACCUUGCUAUCAUACUUCCAAGGGUUAUGACUUAACCAUACAAAGAGGCAUUUGCAGAGCCAUUGCUCGUCGGUACAGAUGUCCAUAUCGUGUCCCAUAUGCUUAUAACCGGAUGAUACUUCACUUGCCAGCGAAGUUUUCAUGUGCAGGGAUAAAACGUCCCGGUCAUUUUCCGGAAGUUAUCGUGGAGGACUGGUCUUGUUCAUCUUGCCAUUUUGGUGGAAAUCGAUCUUUCUUCCAUCAUAGACACACGAAGAAGGGUAGAUUCUGUUUGUCUGCAGUAGUUGAUGUCUCCAGUGCUGUUGAUGUCAUCAAUGACUUGGGAUCCGACACAUUGACGUUGCUAGCUGUAAUAGUCUUGGUUGUUCCUGCCUUUAAAACCAUCAAAGCUAGCCCUAUACUCGGUUUCUUCUUUGCUGGUGUUGUGCUUAAUCAACUUGGUUGGAUUAGGAAUCUUACAGACAUUAAGAUUCUCUCAGAAUGGGGGAUUCUCUUCUUGCUAUUUGAAAUGGGUUUGGAGCUUUCACUUGCACGUUUAAAAGCUCUUGCUAAAUUCGCUUUUGGCAUAGGAUUGACUCAGGUCGUGCUGUCCACUCUUGCUUUCACUUCAUUUGAGCUUCCACCUAAUGAUGCUGUGGGUACUAGAAUUCUGAUGUUCCUUUUUAACUCCAGACCUGAUCUGGUAAACAUCAGAAGCAUUGAUGAGGCCGUGGUAAUUGGCGCUGCUCUAUCAUUGUCAUCUUCAGCUUUCGUGUUGCAGCUUCUUGCAGAGAAGGGUGAACUUCCAACUAGGUUUGGCUCAGCAACUCUGGGAGUACUCCUUCUUCAGGACAUAGCUGUUGUCCCACUCUUAGUCAUCCUCCCAGUGUUAGAAACCCAGAAUUUGGCACAAGAGAGCAUGUGGCCAAUGCUAGUUCAAGAAAGUCUCAAGGCUUUAUUAGGACUGGGUUUGCUUUCUCUGGGAGGAAAAUUAAUUUUGAGGCGAGUUUUUGAGGUGGUUGCGGAAGCAAGAAGCUCAGAGGCUUUUGUAGCCCUCUGCCUGCUGACAGUUGCUGGGACAUCACUUCUGACCCAGAAGUUGGGUUUUAGUGAUACGCUUGGAGCUUUUCUUGCUGGGGCUCUAUUAGCAGAAACAAACUUCCGCACACAGAUUGAAGCUGAUAUAAAGCCAUUCAGAGGUUUGCUUCUGGGAUUGUUUUUUGUGACCACAGGGACUUCUAUUGACAUGGAGCUUCUAUUUCGAGAAUGGCCAAAUGUGCUUUCACUGCUAGGAGGUUUGAUUGUCAUCAAAACCCUCAUAAUAGCAGCAAUAGGUCCCAGAGUUGGACUCUCUCUACAAGAGAGCAUCAGGAUAGGAUUCCUGCUUUCCCAGGGAGGAGAAUUUGCAUUUGUGGUAUUCUCACUUGCAAACAGGCUUGGAGUGCUCCCUCUUGAACUAAACAAGCUCCUUAUAAUUGUUGUUGUGCUGUCUAUGGCUCUAACUCCUUUGCUCAAUGAUGUUGGACGAAAAGCUGCCGAUAUUAUUAGCAAGAGGUUUGAGGAGCGUGAUAAAAAUGCUGAUUUGGUUGAUUUCAGUGCAAGUGAUCCAGUUGUCAUUCUUGGGUUUGGACAGAUGGGUCAGGUUCUUGCCAACUUCUUGUCCACUCCACUGGCUUCAGGACUGGAUGGUGAUGGUGUGACUGAGGGAUGGCCUUACGUAGCUUUUGAUAUUGAUUUAUCCGUUGUGAAGGCAUCUAGAAAGCUUGGUUUCCCUGUUCUAUAUGGUGAUGGAUCACUUCCAGCGGUUUUGCAAUCUGCUGGCAUAUCUUCCCCGAAAGCGGUUAUGGUAAUGUACACUGGGAAAGAGAAGACACUUGAAGCUGUUCAGAGGAUCCGGUUGGCCUUUCCUGCGGUUCCAAUUUAUGCUCGGGCCCAGGAUAUGAUGCAUCUGUUGGAACUGAAAAAAGCAGGCGCAACAGAUGCCAUCCUUGAAAAUGCAGAGACAAGUUUGCAACUUGGCUCUAAGAUGCUGAAAGGGUUUGGUGUUAUGUCCGAUGAUGUGAGCUUUAUCAGUCAAAUAGUCCGGGAUUCGAUGGAGGUACAAGCUCAGGAUACAUUCGACAAAACUGGUGAAAGAGAUGCCAUUGUCAUGAAACCGUUGCAGGUGAGAGUUGCGGACUUAGUUGGGGUUCAAGCAGUGAAUGGAUCCAAUGAAGUGAUCCAGGCAGAUGGAGAUUGGAUAUCAUCAUCUGAGGAAACAGAUCAACUUGCAGAAUCCAAGGAGCAAUAUCAAUCCGAGGAUACUAAUUAG